AUGGAGGAAACCUACCUGCUGAAUGUGGAAGGGGUCAAAAAGAAGAUUCUGCAUGGAGGCCAAGGGGAGCUGCCAAAGCUGCAGGAUGGGAGCAAGUUCACCUUCCACUUCCAGACGCUGAAGGAUGACUUUGAGCGGACAGUGAUUGAUGACAGCCGGGAAGCUGGAAUGCCCAUGGAGAUCAUCGUGGGCAAGAUGUUCAAGCUGGAGAUCUGGGAGACCCUGCUCAGCUCCAUGAGGAUUGGGGAGGUGGCAGAAUUCUGGUGUGAUGCCAUUCACACAGGCAUGUAUGCCCUGGUCUCCAGGGGCAUGCGGAGGAUCGCCGAGGGACGGGACCCCCUGGAAGGCCAGAAGCACCGCUGUGGCAUGGGCAACAUGUUUGACUACCACAGCACGGGCUAUGAUGACCUGGACGAACUGCAGCGGACACCACAGCCUCUCAUCUUCAUCAUGGAGCUGUUCCGGGUGGAGGACCCCUCAGCAUACAAACGUGACACCUGGGCCAUGAGCAAGGAGGAGAAGCUGGCAGCAGUGCCUGUGCUGCACAGUGAGGGCAACCGCCUCGUCCUGCGCAGGGAGUUCGCACAGGCGGCGGCCAAGUACCAGGAGGCUGUCAUCUGCCUCAGGAACCUCCAGGCCAAGGAGAAGCCGUGGGAGGAUGGCUGGCUGAAGCUGGAGAGCCUGGUCACGCCACUGGUGCUCAACUACUGCCAGUGCCAGCUGGAGCUCGGCGAGUACUACGAGGUGCUGGAGCACACCACGGAGCUUCUCCAGAAGCACAAGGACAAUGCCAAGGCCUAUUUCAAGCGGGCAAAGGCCCACGCUGCUGUCUGGAACGAGAGGGAGGCACGGGAGGACUUCCAGCGCGUGGCUCACCUCGACCCCUCCAUGGCAGCUGCGGUGAAGAAGGAGCUGAAGCAACUGGGGGAGAGGAUGAGGAAGAAGCACGUGGAGGAUCGGAAGCGCUACCAGGGCCUCUUCCAGUCCUCCCAGGGUCUGAAGGGGCAGGAGAGCAGGGAUGUGGGCGAUGGGGCACCUCAGGGUGAGGCUGGGGUCCAGGAGACCCCUGGGCAGGGGGAGGAGGGUGCUGAGACUGAAGUAACAGAACAACCCAGGGAUCCCCAGGCAGAACAAGGAACCCCCAGGGCUGGGGUGGAAGGGGCAGCACCAGGAGGAGAAGAAGCCCGGGGAGAGCCUGUGGGAGAAGAGGCAGAAGGGAAGGAUCGUACAGGAGUGGGGGAAGAGGAAAACCUGGGGACCCGUGGGGCAAAGCCAGAGAGUCUGGGAAUAGAGGAGGAAGAUGAGAAAGAGGAGGAGAGGGAAGAGGAGAAAGAGGAAGAAAAGGAAGAAAAAGAGGAGAGCAAAGAGGAAAAGGUAGAGAGGGGGGCAGAGGAAGAAGAUGGAAAAUUGGAAGAGAAGGAGGAGAUAGAAAAGGAAGACAAAGGGGAGAGAGAGGAGAAGGUGGAGAGGGGAGCAAAGGAAGAAGAUGAUAAAUUCAAAGAGGGUGAAGAAGAAAAGGAAGAAGAAAAGGAAGAAGAAAAGGAAGAAGAAAAGGAAGAAGAAAAGGAAGAAGAAAAGGAAGAAGAAAAGGAAGAAGAAAAGGAAGAAGAAAAGGAAGAAGAAAAGGAAGAAGAAAAGGAAGAAGAAAAGGAAGAAGAAAAGGAAGAAGAAAAGGAAGAAGAAAAGGAAGAAGAAAAGGAAGAAGAAAAGGAAGAAGAAAAGGAAGAAGAAAAGGAAGAGACAGUAAUGAAAGGGAAAGCGGACAAGGACAAAGGGAAAGAGUGUCUACCAGCAAAAAUAGAAAAGCCUGAAGCAGCGCAGUGUGGGGCAAUAGGAGAGAUAAAGUCAGCAGGGCUAGUGCAGGGGUUGGAGCAAGGAGCCAGUGGAGCAGAGGGAGCUGGCACAGGGAGCGAGGCUCAGGCUCAGCCAAAGAGAGCCCCACAUCUGAGUCUAGCCUCAGGGCUGGAGGAUGAAACACCUGGAGAGGCUCUGGAAGAGGUGAGCUGCAGGGAGCAGGGAGCAGACAGUGGGCAAGAAAACGCUGGGGAAGGCAACAUGUCCCCAGAGAGCUUCACCCCUGGGGAUGGUGAGAAGCUGGGUGGAGGACAAAAAUACCCCCCGUGCCCCACAGCAGCCAGAGAAGGGAGUGCUGCACUCCUGGAGCAGUGCAGCAAAGGGCAGGGCUGCGAGCAGCCCUGA